CCACGACGCCUCCCGCCCCCUUUGUUGCUCACCUGGCUCCUCCACCUGUGCUCGCCUUUGUAGAUCCCACGCAAUCCGGACAAGGGCCAGGUUCUCCCCCUGUGGAGCCGCCCGCCCGUUUCCGCCGCAGGCCCCGCCCCUUUGGAACCCGGAAGAGCCGCGGGAAGCGCCUGAAGGGAACAGGCCGCUUCUCCAGCCUGCACUGUUUCACAAAGACCUCUGAAGAAUAACCAAAGUAUCCAGAAGUCCUUUGCCAUUAUUUUCAAGCAGCAUGAAUUGGUUGAAAAAUAUUGAGGAUCUGAGCUUCCGAAAACUAAUGUGUGGUUCAAAGUGCCCAGAUAAACUGAACUAUGACUUUAACAAAAAUGGUGAGCUUAGACAUAUAGAUACCAAUGAACCUUUUAUUUUUAAUUAUAACAAUUCAUGUGACAGUAAUCAUAAACGUUAUGAAGUUCUUGGACAUUUAAUUAUCCAGUAUGUUUAUGAACUUCUGGAACAGGUUUGCAAACUAAAAAAAAUGUACAUCCCAAAAGAUGUCAUAGAUAGUGAGCCUAACAGUUUCUUUUUCAUGAGUGAGAAUGCAUUAAGAAAUGAUGUGACUCUAGUUGUUCUUCUUCAAGACCGGGGAGUCUUUCGUGCUGGUCAGUGGGAUCAAAAAACCAUAAUACAUGAAGGGCUUCAACAUGGAACACAGAUACCAUUCAUUACAACAGCUCUACAGUACAGUUGGGAAGUGAUUGUGUUAAAUCCCAAUGACAAUUUCCUUGAUCUGAAGACAGAAAAAGAUGAAUCCUAUUGCGUUUUGAAGUCAUCAUAUGUAAUUCCCAAAAGGUACAGCAGUAGCCCUGAAGAACAUACAACUUAUGUUUGGGACCACUUCAUUUCAAAGAACACAGCUGGGAAGGUGGCUUUCAUUGCUCAUGGCUAUGGAGGAUUGGUUUUCAUUAACCUGCUCAUGCAGAGAACUUUUGAGGUUAUGAACAUGGUGUAUGCUGUUGCUCUUGUUGAUUCUAAUCACCACACAUUGCACCAGACGCAAGGUAAUUGCCAGGUGCAGGAAUGGAUCCAGAAGCAUUGCCGAAAAUGGAUAUCUAAUAAUAAACCUCUCGAUAAAGUUGUAGGUCACUCUAUGAAAACAGAUUGUCCUACAGUUUCUACAGGAACCGAAAAACAUAGUCUUGCUCCUUCCUUUAGUCUACAGUCCAUUUUCAGAUAUCUUAAGAACAAACUGAAAGUCACCACUAAAGCCCAUUUCAUUCGUUCUCCUAUUGCAACUAGAAGUAGAAAAGUAAUGAAAAAAACCUGAGCUCAUGUAUUGCUCAUACACUUCCCUGCGGUCACUAAACAUAGCCUAUUGCCUUAUAUCUGCCUUUGCUCACUUUUGUAGCACUAUACAUAUUUUGUUAGGUAUGAAACAUUAUUUAAGGAAGAUAAUAUUCUGUAAUGUUUAUUUCAAUGCAAGCUUGUGUCUUUUUGAAUAUAGCAGCUGUUCCUUUUUAUUUUACAAUAUCAUAAAAUAAAAAU